AGCGAUCAGAGCGGAAGGGCGUCGGAUUUGGGUUCGUAUGUUGAAGCAGAAACCGUUCCGAUCUUGGGCGUCAAUUCGUGGCUGGUGGGAACGCCUGACAGCCGGUCAAGCUUCAGCCAAGAUAGCCCUAUUUGUCCUUAUCGCUUACACAGGCCGCGCACACACACACACACACACCACAUACCCUGUUUCCCAGCACGGUCGCCGGCACAUCGCACGGCCAUGGGCAACUCCAUCUCGUACACGACGACGCCCCACGAGCUCGACCUCGGGGCCAAGGGCGCAAUCCGCGGCUUGCAAUACGACAACAAGGCUCGGCGGUAUGCAGGUGUGCCCUUCGCGCUGCCUCCCACAGGCCAGCACCGUUGGAGGAAACCACGGCCAUUGCCAGCGGACCAUGUCUAUUCUGGUGACGCGGACGACGAUAGGGUCUUUGACGCCACACGGUUUCGGACGCUUUGCCCCCAGAAGGCCUUUCACGUAGGCGAGGGGGGCAGUGCCGACAAGUACAGCGAGGACUGCCUCUUCGUCAAUAUCUGGACCCCAGUAGAGAAGCCAGAUAAUGAUGGCAAGGAAACGAAAUGGCCAGUCAUGUUGUGGCUCCAUGGCGGCUGGUUCCAGAUGGGCGACCCCUCGCACGAGGCCUACAUGGACCCGACGGAGCUCAUCUCGAGCGGCGGCCUCGAUGCCAUUGUCGUUGCGAUCGGCUACCGCCUGAACGUGUUUGGUUUCCUGGCCGGCCAGGCGCUGCACGAGGAGAGCGGCGGCGAGGCGGCGGGCAACUACGGCCUUUGGGACCAGCGGCUGGGUGCCGAGUGGGUGAGGGACAACAUUGCCGCCUUUGGUGGCGAUCCGGACAACAUCACCCUCGCCGGCCGCAGUGCCGGUGCCUACAGUGUCGAGGCGCAGAUGCUGUACGAGCUGCGGAGGUCGGACGCCGACAGCGACCGCUCCCUGUACCGCCGCGCUUUUAUGGACUCGAAUGCCAUCCCGGCGCAGCCCAAGAGCCUUGCGGACGCCGAGCCGCAGUUCGACGAGCUAUGCACCCAUUUCUCGAUCCCGUCGAUAUUGCCAGCUGCUGAGCGUCUGUCGAAACUACGCGAUGUCAGCGCCGAGGAUCUGGUUGCAGCUCUCGAAAAACUCGAGAACCAUACGUUCCGCCCUGUAACGGACGACAUCUUCAUCCACGACGGAAUGGUUCAAUACUUGAGCAGUUCAGAAUUUGGGCUCGCGUUCAAGGAGCGUGGAUACAAGCUCCUCAUUGGCGAGGUGCUGAAUGAGGAGACGCUGUACGCGACUUACAACAGCCCCGAGUCACCCACGCUUGAAGCGCUGAAGAUGCAGGUCGGCAACUAUUAUGCUCCAGCAACCGUCGAGCGUGCACUCGCGUACUAUGACUUGCCGAGGUCGACAGAACUGCAAGACUGGAAGAAUUGUUUUGGCCGCAUAAUCGCCGACGGCCAGGUCCGCGCACCCUCUCGGGCACUCGCGCAGAACUUGCUGCGAAACGGGGUGCCCAUCAGCGACAUCUGGCGGUACCAAAUUGCCUACCGGCUGUCAUUCAUCACCGAGAAAAUUGCCCCAAUGUCCAUGGGUGUUGCCCAUGCCAUGGACAAGCCGUUCUGGAAUUUCUGCAUUGGAUCCGGUCCCACGGCGGCCGAGCGCAAGUUGAUGGAAGACUGGAUUCAAAUUCUCGUGCGGUUCGUCCAGGACAAUAGACCAGACUACAACUUCGGGACUCGGGCGAUAGACGAGAUGAAAAUGAUCACACCGGAAGGCACAAUUGAGAUCCGGAAGGAUCCCAGAUGGGAGGAACUUGAAAGGAUAGGAGCCAUAUUUGCCGGCGAGACUAAGUGACAAUAAUAGCAGCACAACAAGGCUGUUUGUAUGC